AUAACGCGCCGUCGCCCCCUUCCGCUGCGGGGCUGGUCGCCAUGAAUAGCGUGGGAGAGGCCUGCACCGACAUGAAGCGCGAGUACGACCAGUGCUUCAACCGCUGGUUCGCCGAGAAGUUCCUCAAGGGCGACGGCUCCGACGACCCCUGCACCGACCUCUUCAAGCGCUACCAGCAGUGCGUGCAGAAAGCGAUCAAGGAGAAGGAGAUUCCUAUUGAAGGGCUGGAGUUCAUGGGCCAUAGCAAAGACAAGUCUGAAAGCUCUUCUUGACCUUGACAGCAGCCUCCAAGAUGACCUUUUCAACUACAAACAUUAAGACAUCAAAAAGACUGUGGUCUCUGAAGAUGACCCCUAAUUUUACAAGCUUUUUAGAGGAGGGUUCCCUUAAAUUUCUUCACAAAAGGGUCACAUAGACCUUUAUUAUUUGCUUUCAGGGGAUGGAUGACAAUUAGCUGGGGUGGCAUCUUGCAGUACCAAACAUGGCAUAAGAGAACAAUUCUUCAGAUGAUCAGAAUGUUACUCAGUCUGCUGCGCUUAUAAUGUGGUUUAUUGAUACUGAUACCUGAGUCAGGAUGGUUAAAUUGUCCUGAAUACUGAAUCCAAGCUGCUAAAUAUUAGAUAAAGUUUUUGUUUUUUCCUGGAAGCACACCUCUGAUGCUCUGGGAGUGACUCCAGUAUUUAAAUGGCAACGAUUUUGUUUGGAUAAAGACUGAAUAAUGGUUAAAGGUGUGGAGCUAGCCAAAAAGGGAUUGGCCUUUUAAGAGACAACUGCCUGCUUUUAAGAGGAUUCAGAUGGAAUAAAAAAUAACCAGGAAGUUCUUGAAGGCUUCUAAGAAACCGGUUUGAGCUCCCAAAGUUUGGUAGCAAGCACACAAAUUAAGGUGAUUCUUAGUUUCCACUAAAUCUUGUCAGUUUGGCUAUGAAGGUACAAAAAUAUGCAGAAAUGUGAUUUUCCUGAUUCUCAGGCUAUUUCAUGAAUGGUAAUAGUGGCUAUAAAAAAUUGUUCUGAUGGAAAAGGCACCUCUCACAGCUGAGCUAUAGACACUGGAUAGUCUUAUGUUAUCCAGAGUGGGUUGGUGGAAGAGGGUUGUUUACAAGGCCUCUUGAAUACCAUGGCACUUGCACAAGGUUAAUUGGGAUGAAGGGAAUAGUUCGCUUUAUUUGCCUUAUUUGUCCAUCAUGUUCUGUAACAUUUGAAAUCAGAGAUGGAAUAAAUAACUGCACUUUG